CCGCGUUCUAUCUCCUGGACAUAUCCGCGCGAUAAGAAGCCGAAAGGAGGUACAUACAUACAUCAUCGAAUAAUCGACCUGCUGGCCAAGGACCCAGCACAACCAGCCUGCCAAAAUGAGCGAAGCCUACGAGAGAGAACGGCAAAACAACGCCCUUCUCGACUCCCUGGCUUCAAAAACUUCUGCCCUCAAGUCCGUCACGAUAGAUAUCUAUGACAAUGCUCGAGACCAGCAGACUAUCGAUAAUACUAGCGAAGUCUUCUCCUCCUUUUCCACAAAUAUCAGAGGUAGCGCGAGCCGCUUGACCCGUAUGGCGCGACAGGGUGACAAGGUCGCCGUGAUGAAGGUGGCCGGUAUCGUCGCUGGUGCUGGAGUCGGCGCGUGGAUCGUGCUGGGAUGGAUCUUCUGAUGGAACCGCUCAGGAUAUCUAUCAGUUCCUUAAGUUUCUUGAUGAGCUCCUCCGUUCAUGGCGUUUCCGAAUAACGGCCAGAAAAAGAAGAUUGGGCGACGUGCGACUCUAUAAAUACUGGUCACAAUUAGCAAUGUCCUACGAGCCUUUCGCUCUAGCGGUCGGUCUCGACUCCGGCUGGA